CUCUGCGCGUCGCGGCCACGCGCACUCAAGUACUACAUACUGACGCAUCUAGUAUUACAGGCCAACUACGCAAGAUCGCAGCGAUCGAAGGGUAUGAAGAAUGGGGCGAACAAGGUACCGUGUGGAAGCUACCACGAAUACAAGCGACAGUGACGACAACGAGAGCGACAUCGGCAGUGACUCGAGCGACAGCGAAGACGACGACGUCGACUUUACUCAGUGCAGAUCGACAGCCACACGAGAUAGGGAGAGCCGUUCCAUUGAGACAAGGCACGAGGAGCGCGGGUACUGAGCUCGACGGCUCGAAGGUUCGUUUUGAUUUUGAAACAUUUUACUUAUGUCUGUGUUAUUCUAGGGAAGCCGGCUAUCUACGGCGAACAGCGACUGCGGUACAAAGAAGAACAACGACGAUGACGCUCGGCAUAGAUCGAAGGCUGCGCAAGGCUAGAACAGCCGUUAGAUGGAGAUGGGGCGCGAGGAACACAGACACUGAGCUCGACGGCUCAUCGGUUUGUGUUGAUUUCGGAACGUUUUACUUAAAACUACCUUAUUCUAGGAGAAGCGGAUGUGCGAGACGAUGCUUGAACGACGUCCGAGCAGCGGCGAUUCAAGGAUCUAUGACGAUCUACGAGGAGAAACAGCGGGCCAUCGAGGAGAAACUACACGACGUGAUACGAUGGCACUACUACGAAUGGGGUGAGCGGUCAGAAGGCACAAAGGUGAUAUUGUUCUUGUCGUUCAGUACGGAGACUAUGCCUGAGGAGAUCGUAUAUAGACGAGCGAUGGCGACAAUGACGACGGCGGCAACAACAGGAGCACAGGAGACGAUGUCGAUGGCGCUGGAUGCGAAGCAGUGGCCAUGCAAUGCGAGAAUGGCCAUACGGUGGAUACGAGGCACGGUGGACAUGAACGAUGAGCUUGAUGGCUGAAGGUUUCGUGUUCGUUUCGGUAUAUUCUACUUACAUCUUCGUUAUUCUAGUGCAGACAGAUAUCUACGACGAAGUGCGAUCGCAGCGCGGGAAUCCAUGACAGACUACGAACGAAAGACGCGCGAACAUACUGCGGAACGAGUACCA